CAUCAUUGUCGCAACCAUCGUAUCUGCAGUCGUUUUGGUUUCAUCAUGAACGACUCUUGCUUGGAGGCCCUGGGGAAUAGCACGCCGAGCCCCGAGGAUGAUGUGCUUGCCAGAUGUUUGGACAAUUUGUCGAAUGGCGAUUCGGUUAAAAGCAGCCCCAGCCCGUUGGGAACAUGUCUGGAUAAUCUGCCAGAUUGCGGGAGCAGCAGCAUCAGCUCCCCUGGAUUCUCCCCGUUGUUGCCAACGUGUUGGAGGAGCGAUUCAGAGGAGGGCCCGGACGAUCCCAAAGCUGCUGCCCUCGCGGACAAGCAGAUUGUGCCCGCUGGCGCCUCCUCGGGCCUGCAGGUUGCGCCGCUCGGCGCCGUUGCAGCGCCCCAUAUGUUGGAGAGCAUCCGAGAUGUAUGUUGCGAUUGCAGGCGGCACGACCAACUUCACGAGGCCUACGCUGCUGUGGCCAAUCAUUUUUUCGUUGAAAAAGAUUUGUUCUCGAACAACACAAUUGAGGCUAAGAUGCUCGGCGUCUCCCCCAGGACCUUGCGAGGUUUGCGGAGCGCUGCGGCUGCAAUGGCAAUAGAAUACGAGAGGGAUGUAUGGUCUCGUCUGGAGCAUACUAUAGCUAACCAUGACGCAUAUACCAUGAGCGUUUAUUUCGAAUUUGUUACGUAUGAUGGCAUCGAUAUGCACUUGACGUCUACUGACGUCCCAGCAGAAACAGUAAAACUUGAAGCGGGCCGCCUAGCUCAUGCACUCGGCGCUGGGACGUUGUCUUUGCCAGGCGAUGUUAUCUUGAGCAUGAUACGACCGCUCGUCCUCCUUACCCGGGCCAGAGGAGGACCGCCCCAGGGAAAAUCUUACAGUCCGAGGGAACCGUCGCAAUGCUGGUGCAGCACCAGGGCGGGCGCGGUGGCGGAUCGUGGGCGCGCAUUUGAUAUGGCUGCAGACGUCCGACCGGACAACCGCUGCUUGCUUGGUAGCGAUGUUGAACCAGCAACGUUCGGGUACACAUUACAAGGAAAGUUUCGGGCGGAAAAUCCGCAUCGCGUCCGUGGACGGGUACCUUGCCAACAGCAAGGCGGAGAAAUCUAUACAACGGGAGCGCGGUGAUUGGAAAUCGUUGAUAUUGUUGUGCAGCUCUCACAAAAUAGGGGCGGCAACGCACGAGAGGGUGUACGAAUUGUUUGGUGAUUAUUUCACGGGGUUGAAGGCCACCGUCGCUACUUUGCACCAGCCUGGCCAAAUGCGCCAUUUGAGGAAAGCUUGGAUGACAGUUAUUGAUCGCAAUUUCGAGUUUCUCCAGUCGCCAAUCGGCGCGGAUGCUGCAGAAUACAAGCUUCGCAUGCUCGACGUGUUCGUGCCAAACAUUCCUUCGAACAGAGCCAAGCGGCAGGCUUUGCUGAUGUGCGCCCCUGGAGACUGGCGGGUGCAAGGUGUAUUUUUUGCCCGCGCCGUGGGGGCUGGAACUAAGAAAGAGGCGCUUGACUUUUUGAAGUCUAAUUCUCCGCGGCGAUUACCCCGUGCACCGGAUGCGUUCGCCAAACGGAUUUCCGCUCAAGGGAAGGAUUCGCCCAGCGCCCAACUUGCAUCGGUCUGGCACGUUGCCGACAAAUCACAGUCUGUCUCGCCUCGCGCCCUGUUGCAAUGGCGCCUAAGAAGAAGCCGAGGACUGCUUCCGGCCCCGCCUCGACGCUGCACUGCGAUUUCUGCCAGGAGAUUUGCGCUUCGAACUUGGCGAAUUGGCCCCACGAGAUAGACGACGACACUGGGCGACCAGUGGCCAAAGGCACCUGCUGCCAGACGCGCUGUGACUUUGCCGACGCCUCGGGCAAGGACAUCGGCAAGCUUCUGUCCGAGAAGGGGGGCGCGAAGAAGCGCGCCACGGAACUGACGGAACAACGGGCCGAGUACGCUAAGUCUCUCGACAACCCCGACGGCCGCGACUUCCCGUUGGAGGAGGUAUAUCUGGAGACCAUUUCGGAUGCUACCGUGAAGGAGCAACAUACGAUUGUGAGCAAGUAUGACUUCGAAUCGACGCACGGCGUCACCGUCGAGGAAGCGAAGCUGCGAACGUUCAAGGGCACCAAUGGGAGUGGGCAAGAGAUCAGCGGGAUCGUCCAGCGCGGCACUGGAGGCGACGUGUUGGAACUAUCUCAUACCCACAGGGUCGUGCGGAGGACCCCCGUCAUGUCAGGGGACGACCACAUGUUCAAACAGCAAGCGGAACUCAUUUUCCGGGAGCAGGCCAAAAAGAACCAAGACCUUCUGGGCUUCGAGGUGGGGGACCGAUACAAAGGGAAAAAGGCGGCCAUUCAUAUUUACGAUUUCGACGAGCUGGUCAGACUUUCGGGGAAGGCAUCCCAGGCGAAAGCAGCCCAGGCCAAGGGGCCACCACCGGGCACCCAGCAGCUCCUGCUACGUUCUUCGGGCGCUGCGGGCUGCGGCGCAUCGCCGCGGGGCAGCGGCAGCGGUGGUGGCGACGCUUCUGGCGAACAGCUCGCCUUGUGCGACGUCUCUUCCGCGGGCGGGGGGGACCCUUUGCCGUCAGAGGGUGCGCCCCUCAGCUCCGAUGCUGGCGGCGUGACGGGCGUGAUGCACGAGGCCGACGAUGACGAGGACGGCGCUGUCGGUGCCAGCCCCAGCGGGAAGGUUCGCGUCCAGCCGCCGAGCUAUUGGUUGGCAGUCUGCUCGUACGAGGUCGUACUUCAGGGGAAGGACGGCGGCCAUUUCCAGAAGCGCAUGAAUUGCGCGAGGGCUUGCGUCACCCGCCCUGGGACGAGCACGAUCGACGCAGGCCGUUUGGAGAUCGCCCUUGAGAAAACGCAGGCUUGCUUGGACCUGCGCGAUAUUUUGGCGAAGUGCGAGGGCGACGCGACAGAUUGGGAUGGUGUCCGGCCUGCUGUUGCAAAAUGCGUGUCGUUGAAUUGCACUUUUGGGUACCUGGAAACGAACAAGAACUUGUUGGGCGUGAAACUGUUAGGUGCUGCCAUGGAUCUGGCACAGAAAGCCAACGACAGCAACUUCGAGAAUUAUGUGUCGGACUUCGUCAGCAUAUUAAGCCCCUUCUCCCGCGACAUGUUCGUCGAGCUUGGUGGCGUGGUGGACGAGGACGAGGACGAGUUGGCGACGUUGUUCCCGAUGCAGAAAUCAUUUGAUCCCCUGCGGCCCACCUUCUCGGCUUUGCAGAUGCCGUCCGAGGAAAAGCUGGCCCUGAUCAGGGACAUCCUGGUAAACGACGUGUGGGCGAAGCUGCUGGGUCGAGGUCAAGACGCGACGUGCGUGAUCAUGUUGCUGUCGCAUCGCAUCGGUCUUUUGUUCGAAAAUGCCAUGGUUCACUUGGAAAACGUGCCAGAACCGUUCAAGGAUAUCGUGAAGGUCGCUCGGGUGCUCCACGCGCUCGCCGACACUGGGAACGACCGCCCUGAGCUCCAUUACGUUUCCCAGGUGGAGUCCGCAUUCGAGAGUGGGGAGCACACUGUAUUGGCGGAUCUUCGUGUCAUCAUCAAACGCAGCGACUAUUGGGUGACGGCCUAUGAUGACAUUCUCAAGAAUGAGGAGCGGCACAAACACAAUUACCCGAGGUACGAAAAGGCAGUUCGGUCUUUGAAGCGCUUGGACAGCGCGGGAGGGGAUGUCCCGACAGAGAUCACGAGGAUCAUCGAUGAGGAGCGGCCAGAUUACGUCUCUGGCGUUCGGAGUACGCGCAAAUUGGACGUUGUGGGCCAACAGAAGGCUGACUCCUAUCUGAGGAACAUGCUCCGUGAUAUCGCUGACAAGAAUAAUACCGUUGACAGUUGUCGUUUGGAUGCUCUUCUCACGUUCGCUACAACAGUUUCGGCUUGUUGGCCAGAUAACUCCGACAUCGUUGCAUCGCGUCAGAAGUUGCAGGUGUUGCAGCGGGAGCUUAAGAGCUCAACUAUGAAAGCUUCCAUGGUCAGUGCCGCCGAGCUUUGCGAAGCGAGCCCUGGCGACACCGACAAUUAUGAGGAGAUGCACCGUUUGGUUUGCGAUGCUGCGGGCGCCCAGCUCGCGCCUGAGGAGGCUGCUGGCAUCGUCGGUUCCAUGGCCGCGUGUCUCCGCUACCUCUGCAGUGACAACUCUGGCCAGGACAUCUCCGCAGACGAUCGCCGCAUCCAUAUCGUGAGUGAGGUCGCCAGUUUCCUCGGGCCAGCGGGCGAAACUGUCGUCGAGCAGGUGGGCGCGCUCCGCCUGUUCGUCGGGAUGAAGGCCGCUCUGACCAAGUACCUCGGCCUCGGCGAUCAUGCGGAAGCUCGGGCGGCCGCGGACGGGCGGUCCGAACAGCUGCUCGGCCUCAUGUCGGAAAGGGAUGCGUACGAGGCGAAGGUGUCGGACUUCAUCUCCCCUGACCCUCCCUCUUGGAUCUAAUGGCCUUCGCCAUCCUGUGAUGUUGGGUCUUCGUUUUGCCCCGCCCUCCCACUUCCCACCCCUGCCUGUGCUCUCCGCGUGCUCACCACUUUGGCGCGCCCUUCGCGCGCUUCGUGGCCACGUAGUGAGCUCCGCCGGGGGCCCCACUGGCAGGGCCCAUAUGGCGGACUCGGGCCCGUUCGGCACAUAGGGAACUCCACCGAACGGUG